AAGGCGAGAAAGCACCCGCAACAAGUUCACAACGCAGGCAUUCGUUUAUUACAGCGGUUCGAUCGAUCGGCUCGCUGCGACUUGUUGUCUGUUGUUUGAGCCGUGCAUUACCGGACGGACGUGUUUUCGUGUCGUUUCCCUCGCUGUCAGUAUUGACAUUUUUCACAGCAAAUACAUUCGUGAAGUGCCUAAUUGCCCGUCACCGCCUAUUGGUGUCCAGUUCUCGCCGGUAAUUUAUGCUCGCAUUUUCCGCGUGCGUGAUUUCGAAUAAACGGUGUUUUUGAUUUACCUUCCACGCGACAUUGCAGGUGUCCUGGCGCGAGUGUCUUAUCUACGAGAAUAACUUCAAAUAUUUAAAAAGCGUUCAACAGGCGUUCACCGCUAGUUGCGCGGUAGCUAAUCAAAAAAUUUCCAUUUCUGUCGUGCAUUGCAGCCGUAGUGUCCUGCCAUUGAGUGCAGCCGGAGCAAAAACAACAAGAAACAUCCAAAUGCGUGUGUUGUUAGGGCAAAGAUCAAUAAACAGUGAUAAAUAAUUCGUUUGUGCCAAGUGUUCAACGCCUCACCAGGAAGAACACAUGAAACUGUUCACAUAAAAUUCUCUGAAAAAUUUAUUUUAUUUGUGGGCUUAUCGAAAGAGAAUUGGGCCAGCUGAGGAAAUUAAUAAAAGCCCGAAUGCCGAGACUGUUCAAAGACGAGUUUUGGAAGUCUGUUGUAGUACCAUAAACUGAGGAACAAAAAACGAAAAAUAAUACGAGGAAUUGAAAUUUGUGAAAAGGAAACGCGUUUGUUAGAUUCUUUUAGUUUGUUGUUUUUGUUAUUAUUAUUUAUUGUUUUACACAAUCAACAUCAAAAGUGGCCCGCGACUGUGCAGUGGCAAAAUGAGUUUCAGCGGACCAAGCGGACCACGUGACAACGUGCGAAAAUUGUCCUUCCUGGGCUUCAACACAAAGAAGUCCACCGGGAAUGAGGAUCCAAACGAGGUUUACUUGGAUUCGGAAAUGGAAAAAGUUUUCGCCGGUCCAAGUGCCCAUAAGGAAAAGUUCGAUGUAACGACAUUUCAGGACGCAAACCAGCCGAUUGGAUCGUAUAAGCAGAGUAAUGUGCAUCGUAAAAGUGAAUUGAACAUCGAGGAAGAUUCUGAAUAUGAGAGCCCCACAGAUCCUGUUAAUCCACAAAACUACGAUGACCUACCUGAAGACUACCCACUAGUAUCCGAACGCGCUGGACACGGUGACCAUUCGGACAAUUCCGCCGAGGAAAAGCAGGUGCAUUUUGGAAAGAAAAAGGCUGUAGUAUCCCCGCCCACUUUAGUAUACGAUGAACAACCCGCUGACAAUAUACACGAACGAAAACGACGAAGAAGCCGCCAUCAGUAUUAUAGACAACGUAAAUUUUCCCAUCAAGACAGCGUGGAACCCAAAAAGGUGGUCGAGGAGAAUGGCGAGGCUGGUGUCCGCAAGGUAUCCGUGCAACCGGAGGAUACCACACUAGAGGAGGCCGAUCUCAAUGAGUUGAGAUCACACCGUUCCGAUGAUCCGCGCGCGCUCCGACGCCACAAAAUCCAUCAUUCAUCAAUCAAAUUGCGCGAGUUGCCACAAAUCAGUGUGGCGGGCUUGCAGCUUAAGAAGGUCUACGAUCAUAGUCCGCACGAGAUAUUUGUGCAACUCGAUGAGCUCACUGGCAUUGGCGAGGACCGCGAGUGGAAGGAAACAGCCCGUUGGAUCAAGUACGAGGAAGAUGUUGAGGAGGGCUCCGACCGUUGGGGCAAGCCUCACGUUGCUUCGCUCUCGUUCCACUCGCUGCUCAAUCUGCGUCGCUGCCUCGAAACAGGCGUUGUGCUGCUGGAUUUGAAUGAGAAGGACCUGCCCGCCGUGGCAUACCGCGUGGUCGAGCAGAUGGUCGUCGAAGAUCUAAUUAAUGCCGAAGACAAGCCGGCCCUUAUGCGCUCAUUACUGUUGCGCCACCGACACGUGAACGAGCACCAGAGCGGCUUUCCGUUCACGAAGCGGAAGUACAGUAGCUACACGAGUCUACAGUUGCUGUGGAUGGGCGGCGAAAUUCAACAGCAACUUCAUCAGCAACAUCAAUUGGCAAUACAACAGCAUCUAAUCAGCGUUGAAAAUGCCAAAAAGCGACGGUCCGUAUGCGAGACCCUCAGCGCACCGCCCACGUCCAUUUCACUUUGCAGCGAACCGAACAACGGUACCAAUAGACGGCACUCCACCAUGUCAUAUUUGGGAAACCUCUCUGGGGAAGACAAGCGGCCCAGAAUAAUGCCGGCCACCGAAAUUGGCGGCAGCAAGCGUAGCAAUGAGUUGAAGAUCGAUAUGAGGGAUGACAUGUAUUCCUCGUCGCAGGAGAAUCUUCAGAAACUGCAAAAUGACAGCAUAUUGAAGCGCAUACCUGUGGGUGCAGAGGCAACAACUGUAUUGGUGGGCGCUGUGGAUUUUCUGCAACAACCAACCAUCGCAUUUGUGCGUCUUGCAGAAGGUGUGCUAAUGCCCACCUUAACAGAGGUAGCCGUGCCGGUACGUUUCAUGUUCAUACUCAUGGGCCCUCCAACCCUCGACUUGGACUAUCACGAAGUGGGUCGAUCCAUUGCCACGCUAAUGGCGAACGAACCCUUCCACGCAAUCGCAUAUAAAGCAGACGAUCGUAAGGAUUUGCUUUCGGCCAUCAACGAGUUCUUGGAUGAUUCUAUUGUGCUGCCUCCGGGUAAUUGGGAACGUCAAGAUCUCUUGCCAUUCGAGGAGUUGAAAGCGAAGAAAGAUUGGAUUCGUUCGCGUAAGCGAAAAGCGCUAGAGGUCAAGAAUGAGAUGAAGGAGAAAAUAAAAGAAGAAGCUAAAAUAAUUGUUGAGAAGAAACCGGAAUUGGAAAGUGGUGAUGGCAAGAAGAAAAUUAAUCCGCUAGAAAAGACGCACAAGUGGUGGGGUGGUCUGCGCAACGAUCUUAAGCGCCGUCUACCCAUGUACAAGAGCGAUAUAAUGGACGGUCUCAACACGCAGACGCUGGCUGCCACGAUCUUCAUGUACUUUGCUUGCCUCUCGACCGCAAUCACUUUCGGUGGCUUGGCCUCCGAAAAAACUGGCAAUCUGAUUGGUAUUUCGGAGACGCUGUUGAGUACAGCACUUUGCGGUAUAAUUUUCCACACGAUUUCUGGACAACCGCUCGGCAUCAUAGGUACUACUGGUCCUUUGCUGCUCUUCGACGAAGCGUUGAUUAACUUUUGCCGCGAGAAUAAUUUGCCCUUCCUCACCAUACGCGCCUACAUCGGUGUUUGGUUGGCCGUCAUCGCCACGACGCUCUCUGCUUUCGAGUGCAGCGUUUAUGUGCGUUUGUUUACACGCUUUACACAGGAAAUUUUCUCAGCAUUGAUCACAUUGAUCUAUAUCUAUGAGACAAUGAUGAAAUUAGUUUCCGUAUAUAAGAAGAACCCCCUAUUGGCCGACUACCACUUCCCGCCAGCAACACUAGCAACGCAAUUACAGAGCUUUGGCAAUACAACAAUGGAUAGCUUGGGUAAUGUGACUGCCGCUGUCUCGGCCUCGAACACUACAUCCAGCGUCAGCUUGGUUUCGAACAUCGUAUCCCACACGAAUAUGCCGAACACGGCACUCUUCUGCACGAUACUCACCUUGGGCACCUUCACUAUCGCCUACUAUCUAAAACUCUUCCGUAACUCCCAUUUCCUGGGACGAAAUGCUCGCCGUGCGCUGGGUGACUUUGGUGUGCCGAUCGCCAUAGCGAUCUUCGUGUUGAUUGACUACCUUAUUCCACAAGUGUACACGGACAAACUUAGCGUGCCGGAGGGUAUUUCACCCAGCGAUCCGGAAGUGCGCGGUUGGUUGGUGCCCCUGGGAGGUAUGCCUGUCUGGGCGCCCUUUGCUUGUGGCAUACCCGCCAUUUUGGUAUACAUUCUCAUCUUCAUGGAAUCGCAUAUUUCGGAAUUGAUUGUCGAUAAGCCCGAGCGUGGUCUGAAGAAAGGCUCUGGACUGCAUUUGGAUAUUGUGAUAUUAGGUUUUCUGAAUACAUGUUGCGGCCUCUUCGGUACACCGUGGCAUUGCGCAGCCACAGUACGUUCGGUAACUCACGUAUCUGCUUUAACGGUGAUGUCAAGAACCCAUGCCCCUGGUGAGACCCCACGCAUCAUUGAUGUUAAAGAGCAGCGUGUCUCUGGUUUCUUUGUGGCUCUUCUGAUCGGCUUGUCCGUGACAAUGGCACCCUUAUUGCGAUUGGUACCCAUGGCGGUGCUGUUCGGCGUUUUCUUAUACAUGGGUAUCGCUUCGAUGAGCGGCGUACAGUUCUUCGACAGAAUGGGAUUAUACUUUAUGCCCGUAAAGCAUUAUCCGCCCACACCGUUUGUGAAGCGAGUGCCAACCUGGAAAAUGCACUUGUUUACUACAAUACAACUACUUUGUCUUACAUUACUAUGGGCUGUGAAGUCGUCCAAGAUAUCAUUGGCUUUCCCCUUCUUUUUGAUUUUGAUGGUGCCUAUAAGACAGCGACUUGCCAUGCUCUAUACCCCCGAACAACUGCAAGCGCUCGACGGAAGUGAAGCCAAAGAUGAGGACGAACCCGAUUUCUAUGAGGAAGCUACCAUUCCGGCAUAAGGAUCGAAGGCUAUGUAUAUAUGGAAUGCUGUGUUUAACGACAAACUAAAUAGAUUUGAAAGCUUUAUAAAUAGAAAAAAUUUAGGAUAAUGUGAUUUUAUAAACCAUUUCAAAUGUAUUUAGUUCCCUGUGAAAGACCGCUAACUGGAAACCUGCAUAACUGUAAUUAAAGGAAUUGCGUGUACUUAAGCAUAAACUUAUACACUUAAGUGC